AUGAAAAACGGCCAAGACUUCCUCGUCCAAGCAUAUGAUUUCGUUUGUCAUGACUCCUUUUCGCAAGGUCCACAAUCAAGUAUUUAUGAAAGCUGCGUUUUAGAUGUUGCUGGCAAUGUUAUAACUCGUAGACUACCAGGUGACGAUUUUGUAAUUGCUGGUCAUGAACAAAAUCGCGUUGAAUUCUUGCUGGACAUGUCACAACCUCCUAUCUCUUCGGAUUACGACACUUCUUCGACGUUGAGUAUUAACAAAUCAAAAUUCGGUAGCAUUUGGUGGCUUCUCAACACGCGUUGUAGUUUGGAAAAAAUCGUAAGAUUACCAAACUUUUAG